GCUCGAAGGAUGUUACAAGAAGUUACUUAGAAAACGGAAGUACAAUGACACACUAAACUUCCACGGCUGGGUGACACACUAACAUGAACUGUAUCCUCCCUUCUCCAAAAGUUUAGUUUCUGUUAAUUGAGAUGCCCGUGUGGAAACUUAACGCGCUGAAAGUUGUAGGUAAAACUGUCUGACAGGAUUCAGCUUCUCUGGUGAAGCAACGCGCAGUUCAUCAUCUUCAGAGUGGUUCUCUGUGAGGAAAGCAAACACCCCGAGACCGCAGGUUCUUUUGAAUCAUCAUGCCGCCACACCCCGUAAUCCAGGCAAUCAUUGACUUCUCAGCUGGAGCUAUAGGUGGAACAGCUUGUGUGCUGAGUGGCCAGCCAUUUGACACCACAAAGGUGAAGAUGCAGACAUUCCCCACCAUGUAUCGCGGCUUCAUCCACUGUUUUAUAUCAAACUUAAGACAGGUGGGAGUCCGUGGCCUCUACAAAGGCACAACCCCAGCCCUUAUAGCCAACAUCAGUGAGAAUGCUGUUCUGUUCCUCAGCUACGGCCUCUGCCAGGAUGCGAUUCGCUUUGUGUCGAGGAUGGAAAAGGGGGCAGGACUCAGUGAUAUUCAGAAGGCAUCAGCAGGGUCUUUAGCUUCGAUCUUCUCCGCUAUGGCAAUAUGUCCCACCGAGCUGGUGAAGUGUCGUCUGCAGGCUAUGCAUGAGAUGGAAGUAUCUGGAAAGAUUACGAUUGGACAGAGGAGCACUGUGUGGACAGUAGUCAAGACGGUGUUGAAGACAGCUGGUCCCCUGGGCUUCUACCAAGGGCUGACAUCCACCAUCGUGAGGGAGAUACCAGGGUACUUCUGCUUUUUUGGGGCCUAUGAACUGUGUCGGUCUACAUUUGCACAAUACAUGGGCACGGAGAAGGACGGUAUAGGUAUUCUUCCACUGAUGUUUAGGGGGGGGUUUGGAGGAGCUUGUCUUUGGUUGGUGGUCUAUCCGAUAGACUGUGUGAAGUCCAGGAUCCAGGUGUACUCUUUAACUGGGAGACAACAGGGGUUCAUGAAGACCUUCAUGAGUAUCAUACGUACUGAAGGGUUCACUGCUCUAUACUCGGGCCUGACUCCUACCAUGAUACGCACCUUCCCUGCCAACGGAGCCCUCUUCCUGGCUUACGAGUGGAGUCGCAAGUUUAUGAUGGAGACAGUUGGUUCCUGACACCGAGGAUCUUCCCACUUGAAGCAAAUAUCUUUCUGAAACACUCCCUUGUCAUCUAGUAUUUUUCAAAAUUUUAUUGUCUUAAUGUUUUUGCAGUUUGACCUAAAGAAUGAUGCACAUGUUUUUGGCACAGCUGUACUUGAAUAUCUUGUGAAUAACAUGAAUCCUGUACUGCCCACAAUUAUUUAAAAUAAAGUUUUAAUCUUAACA